AUGUCUGUCCAGGAAGGGGACGAAACUUCUGAUGCCAUCUAUAGCAUAUCCGAAGGAGAGGAUCAUCAGCAAAAAGCACCUAUUCCAUACAAUCCUAGUAGUCUUGUUCAAGAACAACAGGCAUAUAUUAAUUGGGCUGAAACAGAGAUGGCAAGACUCAAGCAGGAAGUCGAGGCUGCAAAGGCUCUUUCCAUUCUUCAGAUGGAACAACUAAAAAAGGAAUUUCAAAGAAGGGAAGAAGAAUUGAUAAGAAAUGCUUCUGCAGACAAACUUGAAGCUGACACAGAAAACGAAGAGCUUCGAUUGAAGGAUGAAGAAAUUCAAGGAAAUGAGGAAGCCUAUAUGUUUGUAACUGAAGGACGGGAAAAGGAGCUCUCUACUUCAGAGGUAAUCACCUCCAAGAGAAAAACAAAUGGUCUCUUCAAUCUAAUAGUAGAACUGAGCAUACCCGGAGUAAAAAGCUUCAAAGUAAAUGCAAUACUGGAUACUGGGGUGACCACAUGUUGCAUAGACCAAGCAUCUAUAACAUCCGAAGCUAUAGAAGAUAAUACUUUUAUUGUGAAUUUCAGUGGUAUAAAUUCAAAGACAACUGCUAAUAAGAAGUUGAAGUAUGGCAGCAUGAGGAUUGGGGAACAUACAUUCUGGAUACCUUAUACGUAUGCCUUUCCCUUAACAAUUGGAGGCAACAUCACUAUGAUAAUUGGAUGUAAUUUCAUCCGAUCGUUAUAUGGGGGCAUCCGAAUAGAAGGAGAUGAGGUAACUUUUUACAAGAACAUAACUACUAUUAAAACUCAGCAAACUAUUGCCACAACAUUCCCUCUUGAAGAAUUGGAGCUUGAGGAAGAAGAAUAUCACCAAAUUCAAGAGCAAAUAUGUACAUGGCGUUCAGGUACUCUAUUACAAGACCUCAUCAAAGAAUUAACUGACACAGGAUACAUUAGGGAUGAUCCCACUAAACACUGGGCAAAGAACAAAAUCACUUGCAGAUUGGAGAUCAAAAAUCCAGAUUUGGUUAUUGAAGAUAGACCCCUGAAGCAUGUUACUCCCCAAAUGCAAAAAUCAUUCAGUACCCACAUCAAGGCUUUGCUAAAGCUAAAGGUGAUUCAACCAAGCACAAGCCGGCAUAGAACCAUUGCAAUCAUUGUUCAUUCAGGUACUACAGUUGAUCCCGUAACUGGAAAAGAAAUAAAAGGGAAGGAGCACAUGGUCUUCAAUUAUAAAUGCCUUAAUGACAACACCCACAAGGAUCAAUACAGCCUCCCUGGCAUCAACACUAUUAUCAAUAAGGUAUCAAUGCAUCCCGAGUCUGUUCCUUGGACUGCAUUUUGGGUUCCAGAUGGGCUUUAUGAGUGGCUAGUAAUGCCAUUCGGAUUAAAGAAUGCUCCGGUUGUUUUUCAAAGGAAGAUGGAUAACUGCUUCAAAGGUACGGAAGAUUUCAUUGCAGUAUAUAUUGAUGAUAUUUUAGUCUUCUCUGAAUCAGAACAGGAGCAUCGAGGUCACUUAAAAAUUCUGCUAGACAUCUGCAAAAAGAAUGGGUUAAUAUUAAGUCCAACAAAAAUGAAGCUUGGAAGCCCAACUAUAGAAUUUCUGGGUGCAACAAUAGGAGAAUCAAAGAUUAAACUGCAGACUCACAUCAUUACAAAGAUAGUUGAUUUUAGUGAUCAGGAGCUACAAACAACUAAAGGGUUUCAUUGA